AUGGCGUCGUUGGUUGACGAUAGGCUUUGAGAAAAGCGGGACUUUAAUUUCGUGGAAUUCGCGUGCGGUGUGAUCAUUUUUAACAACAGACAUGUAUGUUAUAUAAGUAUAUUUCUUUACCUGUGCCGUUUGAAAAAUGACUCGGACAUAUGUAUGCCAUUCAGAAUAUAAAUUCUUGCUCAUGUUCAUUGCAGCUUCUGUACUAAGUACACAAGGUUAUGUGCUGGAAUUUUCAGUGGAACCAUCCGAUACGGUGGUCGAAGCUGGUCAGUCGGCCGUAUUGGAUUGCGUGGUCAAAGCCUCGCAACAUCAACAGAGCGUCCUCAUCCAAUGGCUGGACCAGGACGGAUCGAAGUUGACAUUCAUUGGUGACAUGUACAGGUCUCAACUUACCAACGGAUCCCUUUACAUUAACAGUGUCAUCGAGGAACAAAGGUUAACGGGGACCUAUCAGUGCAUGGCCACGUUGCCAAAUAUCGGUUCCGUUGUCAGUCGCAGUGCCAAACUAAGCAUAGCAAGACUGAAUGGUUUCUUCGAAGAACCGCAAGAUAAUACGGUCUAUAUCGGGCAGAAGGCCCAUUUCGCGUGUUACCUAGACGCCAUUCCACCUCCGAAAAUACGAUGGCUGAAAGACGAACGACCAUUGCAAAUAGACGAUUUGCGAAUGACGAUCUUACCUUCUGGCGCCUUGGAAAUCGACGAAGUAGUCGAAUCGGACCAGGGAUCCUAUAGGUGUAAUGCUUCAAUCCUAAAUUCGUACAAGCUAAGCAAUAAGGCCAUUCUAUUUAUAAACGGCGAUCAAGAACAGGCGGCUCACAUAUCUGCCCCCGUGUUCAUAGCGAAACCCAGGCCGGCGACGGUGGUUGAGGGCGAAAAUGUCUCUUUGGAUUGCGCGGCCAACGGCAAUCCCAACCCAGCCAUCACGUGGCUCAAAGAUGGUUACGCCAUAGACAUGAACGACUUGGACAGUAGAUUUAGUUUGGUCGGGUCGACCAGUUCGCUGAGAAUAACGAAAAUCCAGGAACCGGACGGCGGCACCUACCAGUGUCGUGCGGAAAAUAGAGAAGACGCUCUGGACGCGUCAGCCCUUAUUGUAAUUCAAGUGCCUCCAAGAUUUUUAAAAAGACCUCAGGAUAAAGUUGAAUAUUCCACAAAAGACAUAGAACUAGAGUGUAGCGUUUACGGCGUACCUGAACCGAAAAUUAGUUGGUUUAAAAACGGGGAACUCGUAAAGUAUUCCGAAUAUUACAAACUCGUCAACGGAAACAAUUUAAAAAUAAUGGGACUGAUGUCUACCGAUUCGGGAAUAUUCCAGUGUUUCGCGACGAAUCCGGCCGGAAACAUCCAGGCCGCGGCCAGCCUGAAAGUUCUCCCGCACUCAGUGGGCGAGAAAAAAAAAGGUCUGCAAAAGGUGCGGCCGAAAAAGACGCCUUCGAAAUCGUUUGAAACGAAUUACAAACGGCAAUCGUUGUCGUCGUUCACGUCGCUAAAAUCCGAAGACUACGACGAACUCGGCGAGACCGAUUUCGGCCAUUUGUUGCGGCCGAAUGUGGCGGCGCAAAGUAGUAACGGGGUUUACGAUCCCCAUUCGGCUUUCAGUUCGCUGAAAAGCAGCGAAUCUCGCGACAAUAUUAACCUGGGCGAUAUCCAGUUCGCUUUCUCCUCCCAAAAACCCAUUUUAGCCGGCAAUUCGGAACGGAAGAUCACCGACGGUUUACCAGGACCGCCGCAGGAUUUGAAAGCGCCAAUGGUCAAGGGAAGGUUCGUGAUUUUGAGUUGGAAACCGCCAGUGGUCAACGAGAACAACAUCGAAGCUUAUUCGGUGUACUACAGGCAGGAGGGGAGCGACAGGGAGCGUUACCAAAAUACAACCCGUUCGAAACUGGAAGAAAGUAUAGGGGGUUUAUGGCCAGGCAGGGUAUACCAUUUCCGAGUGGUCGCGAUCAACGCGCUGGGGCCCGGCGUAUCAUCGGACGUUCUUACUGUGACGACGCAAUCCGAAGAGCACGUGCCUAGCGCUCCUCAAAAUUUCAAAGCUUACGCGACGAGUCCGAGAAACAUCCACAUCGAAUGGACUCCACCGGAAAUCCCCAAUGGGCAGAUACUAAGAUACGGCGUCUACUAUAUGGAGACUAGUUCAUCGCUGGAACACAAUGUCGACACUCAGGAUUUGUCGUUUGACUUAAACGGUUUAAACCCUUACGCCGAAUAUAGCAUCUGGGUGGUAGCGAUGAACCAGAACGGCGCUGGAGCGGCCACUGAAGAGAAGUUGGUGAAAACGUUUAGCGCGCCUCCCUCCGAUGCCCCCAAUAAUGUUACGCUAGAACCGUCCAGCACCAGCGUUGUAGUCAGAUGGGAACCGCCGCCUAUCGAAUCCCAAAACGGCGUGAUACUGGGUUACAAAAUAAAAUAUCGCAAGUCGGGCAAGGGCAAAGGGACGACGGUUACGACCCCUGCGAGCGAGAGACACUACGUCAUCAAGGACUUGGAACGCGGUCAGUUGUAUCAAAUCCGAGUAUGGGCGAUGAACGUGAACGGGACAGGUCCCGGUUCGGAGUGGGUAGAAGUGGACACCUUCCAAAAAGAUCUGGACGAGAGCAGAGUACCGGACGCUCCGUCGAAUUUAAGAUUUCGUGCCACCUUUGAUAAAUUAUAUGUGAUGUGGUCGCCUCCGGUCAACCAAAACAUCCGUGUUAGGAAUUAUAUCCUCGGUUGGGGUAAGGGCAUUCCCGAUAUUUAUUUCCAAGAAUUGGACGAGAAGAAUAGGACGUUCAUUAUCGAAGGACUAGAGGCUAAUUCUGAGUACGUGCUCAGUAUCAGGGCCAGCAAUAGUAUGGGUCCGGGACCUUCAACUUAUGCCACCGCCAAAACCCAAGACGAACCUGCUCCGGAACCGGCUGCUGCUUUGAUGCCCCCCGUGGGACUCAAAGCUCAAGUACUGAGCACCACAUCUGUUGUACUGUACUGGACCGAUCCAACGCUAAAACAAAGUCAGUAUGUAAGAGACAAUAGAUACUACAAGGUCAAGUAUACUGCCGACACUUCUUCGAGAACGAGGUAUAUCAACGUCACUGAUUUGCACGUGAAAAUUGACGAUUUGAAACCGAAUACCAUGUACGAAUUCGCCGUUAAAACUGUCAAAGGUCGUAGGGAAAGUUCCUGGAGUAUGGUCGUGCAAAAUCGUACCUGGGAAAUGCCGCCGAGCGUCGCCCCUAGGGACUUGGACGUCCACCUAAAAGAUGAAGACUCGCAGCUCGUCGAGUUGACUUGGCAACCGCCGAAAACAAUUAACGCGCGUAUUACGGGCUACGUAAUACUUUACACGGACAAUAAGACGAAAACCGAUCCCGAAUGGCAAGCGCUCGCGAUCAAAGGCGACAACCAUUCGAGCAUAAUUUACGAUCUGAAGCCUUUCACGGUCUACUACUUCAAAGUUCAGGCCAGAAAUAGCAGGGGAUACGGUCCGUUUUCUAAUGUCGUGUCAUUUAGGACGGGACAGAUGGUUGCAACGGGCCAUUCGCUGCAAGGACCAUCAGAGUCGAACGGGGUUUUCUCCGGCAAGGUAUUGCUUUACACAACAAUUAGCGGGUGCCUGGUAGCUGUCGCCACUAUAUCGGUGGUGGUCGUGGUGCUGUGCUGCCGUCGAAGGGACGCCGAUAUGUCCCCCGAUCGAGCCAAAAAGGGUUACCAAAAGGGCAGUCAGGGUGUGAAACCGCCCGACCUCUGGAUCCACCACGACCAGAUGGAGUUGAAAGCGAUGGAGAAGAGGCAUUCCAACAAUGACGGUGCCAGUAGCAGCGGGGCAAUGACCUUGCCCAGAAGCGUCGGUGGGAACGAUUACGAGCCCCACGAGCAUUUGCACACGAACUCGUUGGACAAGAGGUCAUACGCUCCGAAUUAUGGUGAAGAUACGAAAAAACCUACUCGGUGUACCAAGAUAACUCUACCCGUAGAUUCCAAACCUCCAAGAGAGCCUAUAGCGACUCCGAUUAAUACGGCCACCACCCUUAGUCAUUCGAGUUCUGACUCGACGCCGUCCAGCAGACCUACGUAUCCGAGAACUAACUAUUCCGUGCCCAGAGCUCACGUGUCCCUUGAAUCCGGCACGAAUCCAACUGCCGUCGAAAAUGUCUAUUCCGCACAUCCAGGCCACCCUAACUACGAUGACAACGGUGUCAAGACGUCGUCUUAUGUGGGACCACAACCUCCGCCAGGCAGCACUUACGCGCCUGGUCUAAGUGUCCUCGCCGAAUCACAAGCCGGGAAAAGGAUACAGGCUCAAGGUCACCCUCUUAAGAGCUUCACCGUCCCCGCACCUCCCCCCGUAACCGCACCGGGCACUCCCCAGCCAAAACAUAUUGUUACAGUACGGCCCACGUCGUCGCCUUACAAAAAACCGCCGACGGGCAGUUCCAGUACCAUAACAAGCACACCCCCAUCCAGAAUCAGUGCCUCGAACCCUCCGCCACAUACGGCGGAGGAAGUCCAACGGUUGCAACCAUCCCAUUCGACCGAGGAACUCAACCAGGAAAUGGCCAACCUCGAGGGCCUAAUGCUGACGUUGAACGCCAUCACCGCGAAAGAAUUCGAGUGCUAAGUCGGACGUCAAAAGACGGAACACUCUCUCACUCUCUCUCUAUAGUGCAUAUUACCAAGACUGAUUUUAAACCCGUGUUUGUUGUUGGUAUUUUUUAAACUAACGUUUGGACGCAAGUAAAUCGGCACUACUCGUUUUAGGUUUUGAUACGACAUAUUUUUAUAUAAUAUAUAUAUAUAUAUAAAACGUAGCGGACAACGUUGCAUUACAUUUUAUAUGCAGUUAAUUUAUUGUGGAUCUCAAAUUUGGGGCACUCGCAGGGUUGGUGGAUUUUCUCGAUAGUAUACGAUGUGGUGCUUUAAUGUUCCAACAAAUUUGAACUGCCAACGGUUCGUGCACGGUCUUAGAAAUAUUUCAACGCACAGGAUGAAUUUUUAACACCACCAUGCAACACAUUGUAUUAGUAUUGUCGGCAAAAAAAAAAAAAUAGCCAGCUUGCGAAACCCUUAGUACAAAAUAGGUAUUAUUUCGCGAAAAAUCCAAUUGUGUCCCAAAGUGAAAAUUAAAUUUUCGUAUUCUAAGGAAAAUAUGUUUCGGACAUGCCAAUACCCGCCGAGAUGGUAUAGUAGUUUGAUUGACAGUUGUGAAAAUUACGUUUUAGAUAGUUUUCAUUGCUUUCCUAAUAUUUCUUGUCAUAGAUACGGUUGAAUUAUUUAAUUAUUUAAUCCGCGAGAAUGCACGAAAACGGUUUUAAAGUUAUAUUUCAUUAUUUAUAAUUACAGUUCUACUUUUCGUGACAUUCUAGCGACUGUUAUGGUCGGCAAUUUUUUGAUUGUGUUAUAUUUUUAGAGCACUUUAAAUACACCUCAGCGAUACAACUGUGCAGUUAAUUGUACAGGGUGUCCCACUAUAAAUUACUAAAAGGAUAACUUUGUCAAUAUUCGAUGAAGUUUAAUUUGCUAAAGUUGGAACAUUUGUCCUAAACCUCCCGAGUCUGCAAUCAAAAAUAUAAAAUAAAAAUGUUAGAUGUCAAAUGUUGACAGGUGGACAUUUUUUUUAAUUGAAUACUUUGUAUUUGAAUAUUGCAAUCGAUUGCAUUUUUUCUCCCGAUUUCAAAUAUAUAUGAGGGAUAUUUUUGAUAGAUUUUGAUGAUGAUGAUAUUGUUUCAAAAAUCAUAUUAGCCAUAAAAACUAAAUUAGUUGAUUCUUUAUAUAUAGCAAAAGAGUUUAUGCUGUAUUAUUUUCUAUUGGGUAAUAUUGGUAUUAUAUUUUCAUUCCAAUACACGUAUUCUAUUUUGUAUUUCCAGAAUUGUUACCGGUCUUCUUCUAUAUACUCUCGAUUUUAGGAAUCCCCAUAAAAAGGUGUCAAGGGGAGUAAGAUUUGUACUGUUCGGAGGUCCGAGUAUUACACCAUUUUUUACUAUACAGAUAUGGUAUUUAUUUUGCAAACACUCUCUUACCUCUCUUACAUUGUGAUAUGGCACCUCGUCCUGUUGUCAUAUAUUUGGAAACACAGCAAUAGGUAACUCUUCGAUAUAUUCUUGUACUCUAAAUCGAAGGAAAUCGAAAUAUUGAUGCUUGGAAAAAAGUGGUCCCAGAAGUCUGGAGAAAAUAAUUCCGCACCAAACUCCUAUAGAUGGGCGACCAGAUUUUUUAAUUGGCAAAAUUUCGUAGGGGUUUUCGCUGGUCCACAAAUGUGUGGUUUUUAAAUUAGACAAUGAGACAGUAUUAAAUGAGGACUUACCUGUAAACGGUUACUUGUGAAUAAAAUUAGGUGAUUCUUGAAUUCGUUCUUAAAUAAUGCGGCAAAACUCAAGACGCCUCCCUUUGUCUUCAUCUGUAAGAUGUUGAACUUUUGAAAACUUAUAAGCGUUAAUUUUAAUAUACUACCUUCAAAAUAACAAGAAUCAAGUUCUUCAUUAAAAUUACAAGAAACUUGCCCUUUUGUGUGUUAUAAAAUGUUUUUUUAUUAUCCUGGGAGCAGUAGCCUGAUUUUGGUUACGUUUUAAUAUAUAAUGACAGCUAACUACGCCAGUUUCCAUGACAACAGCUACCAUGGCUAAUUUGAUUUUUGAAACAAUUGUUAUUCACUUUCAAUGUUAGAUAAAAUGCGUGAUAUUUCAAAAUCUGUCAAAAAUAACCCUAACAACUCAUACAUAUUUUAUUACACGGAAGGUUUAGGAUAAAUGCUCCAACUUUGGUAACCUAAAACUAAUCGUAGGAUCAAUAUUAACGAAGUUAUCCAUUUGGUGAUUUAUAAUGGGACACCCUGUACACACUUCUUCACAGGACCAAUUUUGCUAAUUUCAGGUUUGUGUUUCUUUAUACACCACGGACCAAUAAUAUUUAAUUUAAUAUUUAUAUCAAUACUUUUUCAAAAACUUUAAAGGUAAUUAUUAAUUUUCUCCUGUUAUCGAAAAGGGUUUUGUCUUAAAUUAAGGUGUGCAGCUAUUAUAAUAAUUUAGGAUUAAAGCAAUUUUAUUUGAAAAAGAUGUAUAUUUAUUUCAGAUACUAUUUAUUAUAAACGUUUGGUAAACUGUGUACUAUUAAAAUAGUUUUAAAAUUUGUACAUAAUGAUUUUGUAAAAAUACCGUUUAUUUAUUUGUACAUAAGUAUUUUGUAUUACAGUAAAAUGAGCAAUACAUAUUUUAAAUACACACAAUAUAAUUUUAAAAGCUUUAACGGACAUACUUAGUACUCCUGUUACUGCUUUGGAUAUAUAUGGGGCAGAAUUGACUCGAAAAGGCUUGUAUUAUGAAAAACAAAGGUUAAGUUACGGCCAACAUAUUGCAAUAAUUUAACUAGUCAACAAAAAGUUUGAAGAUUGGUCUUCUGAGCAGCAAACACAAACAAAAAUAUGAUUAGUUUUCGAGUCAAAUUUUCCCAAUCCUCCUUUAUGAAUGUAUGGCCUCACGUAAACUGCCCAUCGCAAUUUUACGCUUUCUAUAAUGAUGGAAAAACCAUCAAUCCACAAAAUUUGUUGAUGGGAACAAGCGCCUUGCACUUUUUGUAUCGCACAUAAUCGGAUUUUUUUUUGUGGUGUAUCAAAUUGUUGGCUGAGCUGAUGUGGGCGGAAAUUUAGUGUUACAUUUAGAACUAUUGGAUGACCUAAUAAAAUAAAACUUACUCGGCCUUUUUCUGUAAGGUACCCAAAUAUUUUAUUAAAUUUUUUUACUGUAAGUAGUAAAUACUCUAAAUGUGACUGAUAUAAUA